CAUGGCUGCGGGCGUUCAGCUUGGCAACAUGGCGUCGGCCGGGCGGCGAAGACUGCAGCUUUCUCUCCUCCCGACUACUGCGGGCUUGUGAGGCUGAUCUGGCCCCGGGAUGGGAUCUCUGUCACCGCUCGGCCUCAUGUGGGGGCUCCUCUUGCUGCAGGACGUCCUAAGACCGCUGCGUGGGGACCCGGUUUUCAUCCCACCUUUCAUCCGAAUGUCCAGCCCUGAGGUCAGCGCGUCCCUGGUCGGAGGCGGUGAGGAUGUCACCGUGUCUCUGACUCCGCUGCAGGUCGAGAAAGGAGUGUUGCCAUUUCCUACUUGUGGUGGUCUCAGCAAUGAUACAGGAGAUUGGAAUGUGACCGUGAGCCCCGGUGUGAGCGGGCUGGAAGUGACAGUGCGGUGGAAGAGGGGUCCGCACUGGUGCGCCCCGAACCGGACCGCCUCCUUCGCAGAGCUCCCGUGCGUCGUGCAGACUCUGCUGGUUUCGGCCUCCCACAAUGCAUCCUGUUUGGCGCACCUGCUCAUUCAGGUGGAGAUCUACCCCAACACGUCUGUGACCCACAGUGCAUCAGAUAACACGACUGUCAUUCCCAACCAAGUCUAUCAUCCUCUGGGUCCCUGCCCUUGCGACUUGACAGCCAAGGCCUGUGACAUCCGCUGCUGCUGUGACCAAGACUGCCAGCCGGAGGUGCGAGAGCUGUUCCAGCUGGCCUGCUUCUCCGGCGUGUUCGGAGGGGAUGUCAACCCUCCCUCCCACCAGCUCUGUGCGGCUGGCACUGCCCUCGAGACCCCUGACUGGUUCCCCUUCCUCUGUGUGCUGUCACCCCCUGCCACCUCACCGUUCCUCGGCCACUUCUACCACGGCGCCAUUUCCCCCAGACAUGACCCCGCCUUUGAAGCCCAUCUGCUCCUCGACCUAAGAGACUUCAUGGAUGCCGGUUACAAACAAGGAGAUCCCAUCAUGACCACGACGGGGUAUCUCACCGUCCCUCAGGUGUCCCUAGCGGGGCAGUGUCUGCAGAAUGCCCCAGUGGCUUUCCUGAGGAAUUUUGAUAUUAAAUGCACCAUCGAUCUGGAAGUGCACCAAGAGCGAGAUGGCGUUGUCCCUGAGAAUGUGAAGAUCCGCACGACGGGAGGCCUGGUCACACCAACAGUAACCUAUGAGGAAGCCACUGACCUGGACAAGCUCAUCUCUGGUCCAGACAGACUUUUAAACAGUGGAUCUGCCCCCAGAAAUGUGAACGUGGAAGAGCAUUAUGUUUUCAGAUGGCAGAAUAAUUCCAUCAGCGGACUAGACAUCACCAUCAUCAGGGCAGAAGUCAGUGCCCACCAGAAGGGAACAGUGGCCCAGAGAUUCACAGUGAAGUUUUUAAGCCAUAACAGUGGUGAUGAGAAGGAAUCUUCUGGAAAUCCAGGUUACCAGCUUGGCAAGCCGGUCCGAGCCCUCCACACCAACGGGACGAAUGUCACGGCCUUACACCUCUGGCAGCCAGCUGGAAGGGGCUUGUGCACAUCAGCCGCUCUGAGACCCAUUUUAUUUGGAGAGAAUGCACUCGCUGGCUGCCUGCUGGAGGUUGGGAUUAAUGAGAACUGUACGCAGCUCAGGGAGAACGUCCUCCAGAGGCUGGAUUUGCUGAUACAAGUGACGCACGUCGCGAGGAGAGGCAACUCGGACUACGGCGAUCUGAGUGAUGGCUGGCUGGAGGUCCUCCGUGUUGACGCCCCUGAUACAGGUACCGACCUGCCCCUGAGCAGCGCAAAUGGCAUCUGCCCGGAAGUCCCUGCCCAGCUCACCAUCCGCAUCCUCGUUGCCGAAGCUGGGUCCGUGGAAGGGGUGUCUCAGCAGGAGAUCCUUGGCGUGGAGACAAGGUUCUCCACAGUGACCUGGCAGUACCAGUGUGGGCUCACCUGUGAGGACAAGGCCGAUCUCCUCCCCCUCAGUGCCUCAGUUCAGUUCAUUAAAAUCCCUGCGCAGAUGCCCCGCCCUCCGACGAGAUUCCAGAUCAACUUCACAGAGUAUGACUGUACCCGGAAUGAGCUGUGCUGGCCCCAACUUCUGUACCCUGUGACCCAGUAUUACCAAGGAGAGCCCCAUUCCCAGUGUGUUGCCAAAGGCCUGAUGCUGCUGGCCCUCCUCAUGCUGGCGACACUCCUCAGUCAUCCUUGGAUCAGAAUGUGCAAAGACUGGCACUCAACUCCCAUCUACCAUUGAGUUUUCUCCAAGAGUCAGAGCAUCCACUCAGUGGCUCCCUGUAGGCCUGUGUGCUUCUCUGAAACCUGUUGGUUUGAGACAGGGUCUCACUAUGUAGCCCUGGUUUGCCUCUAAAUGCACAGGGAUCUUCUGCUUCUGCUUCUGGAGUGCUGGGAUUAAAAGCGUGUACCACCAUA